AUGGCCGGGAAGGGUGAGGGACCGGCGAUCGGGAUCGAUCUCGGAACAACCUACUCGUGUGUGGGGGUCUGGCAGCACGACAGAGUUGAGAUCAUCGCGAAUGAUCAGGGGAACCGGACGACCCCGUCCUAUGUGGCGUUCACCGACACCGAGCGCCUCAUUGGGGAUGCCGCCAAGAACCAGGUGGCCAUGAAUCCGACGAACACCGUCUUCGGUAAGUCUCAUACCGGUUGAUCCUCUUCCCUCUAAUGCUUUUCACUAGUCGAUUUAGGCUCUACAUUGUCUCCCUGCUUGCUAUGAGAUGUUUUUCUUUUACUGUUAAUUAUGUCGGGAUUAGGCUGCUCAUAGUUGUUGUCUCCCUCGUUCUAGUUGGGAGAAUCCGAAACUCUCUAAGCCUCUUCGAACGCGAAGUCAUUCAGUUUUUCUUCAUCAUCCCUGCGAAUUAGAGAGCACCAGGGUAACUGACAAACCAGAAAAAAUCAUCCAUCUACUGUCGUACAGAUGUCAAUGCAUUAACCAAGCGCAUAAUACAGCCAGUCUUGUCGUUCUCAUUGAUCACUGUGGAUUUCCUUUCACUUCCUUUUUCCAUGUCGUCGCGUAAAUCUGUUGAUAUGGGAAUAAUUCGCGUUGGUUUACUUUAUGUCGGCCUUAAAAGAAAAAAAACUACAUCACCAAGUUACAUCUGAACAGCCUUUACUCGGAUCAAAUAUCUAUCUACGGUGUACGGCGAGUACUAAUCGAAAUUCAUUUUGCUUUCUUAGAUGCGAAACGUCUGAUCGGUAGGAGGAUAUCCGAUCCAUCCGUCCAGAGCGACAUUAAACUAUGGCCAUUCAAGGUCGUCCCUGGACCCGGAGAAAAGCCCAUGAUUGCCGUUCAGUACAAGGGCGAGGAGAAGCAAUUCGCCGCUGAGGAGAUAUCCUCAAUGGUUCUCGUAAAGAUGCGCGAGAUCGCCGAAGCGUACCUGGGAUCCACAGUUAAAAACGCCGUGGUCACUGUGCCUGCGUACUUCAAUGACUCUCAGCGUCAAGCGACGAAGGACGCUGGCGUCAUCGCCGGACUAAAUGUCUUGAGAAUUAUUAACGAGCCCACGGCUGCCGCCAUUGCUUACGGCCUUGACAAGAAGGGCGGGGGUGCAGGCGAGAAGAACGUGCUGAUCUUCGACCUUGGUGGCGGCACAUUUGAUGUAUCUCUUCUCACCAUCGAAGAGGGUAUCUUCGAGGUUAAAUCCACAGCAGGGGACACCCAUCUUGGAGGGGAAGACUUCGACAACAGGCUGGUGAACCAUUUUGUUCAGGAGUUCAAGAGGAAGCACAAGAAGGAUAUCAGCGGCAAUCCAAGGGCUCUGAGGAGAUUGAGGACGGCAUGUGAGCGGGCGAAGAGGACCCUGUCCUCCACAGCCCAGACAACUAUAGAGAUCGACUCGCUGUCCGAGGGGAUUGAUUUCUUCUCUACCAUCACCCGCGCCCGAUUCGAGGAACUGAACAUGGAUCUCUUCAAGAGGUGCAUGGAGCCUGUGGAGAAAUGUCUGAGAGAUGCUAAGAUGGACAAGAGCAGCAUCCACGAUGUCGUCCUGGUCGGGGGCUCCACUAGAAUCCCAAAGGUCCAGCAGCUACUACAAGAAUUUUUCAAUGGGAAAGAGCUCUGCAAGAGCAUCAAUCCAGACGAGGCGGUGGCAUACGGGGCGGCUGUUCAGGCCGCAAUCUUGACCGGCGAGGGCAACCAGAAGGUGCAGGACCUGCUGCUUCUGGACGUGACUCCUCUCUCCCUCGGCCUGGAGACGGCCGGAGGAGUCAUGACCGUGCUGAUCCCCAGGAAUACCACAAUCCCCACCAAGAAGGAGCAGAUCUUCUCCACCUAUUCGGAUAACCAGCCGGGCGUCCUCAUCCAGGUCUUCGAGGGCGAGAGGACCAGAACCAAGGACAACAAUCUCCUGGGCAAGUUUGAGCUCUCCGGCAUCCCUCCUGCUCCCAGGGGUGUUCCCCAGAUCACCGUGUGCUUCGACAUCGACGCUAAUGGCAUCUUGAACGUCUCCGCCGAGGACAAGACCACGGGGCAGAAGAACAAAAUCACCAUCACCAACGACAAGGGCCGGCUGAGCAAGGAGGAAAUCGAGAGGAUGGUGCGCGAGGCGGACAAGUACAAGGCCGAGGACGAGGAGAUCAAGAAGAAGGUGGAGGCCAAGAACGCCCUCGAGAACUACGCGUACAACAUGAGGAACACCAUCCGGGAUGAGCAGAUCGCCUCGAAGCUCACUCCAGGAGAGAAGAAGAAGAUCGAGGACGCCGUCGACGGGGCCAUCCGCUGGCUGGACGGGAACCAGCUGGCGGAGGCGGAGGAGUUCGAGCACAAGAUGAAGGAAUUGGAGAGCGUGUGCAACCCCAUCCUCGCCAAGAUGUACCAGGGAGGAGCAGCGGCAGCCGGACCGAAAACGGCGGGGAAGAAGUACGAAUCCGGGGGGUUCCCUCCCGCCGGUGCAACCGCGGCAACAGGAGGCCCGACGAUCGAGGAAGUCGACUGA